GAGAGAAGAGUCCGGAACGCUGAGAGAGAAGAGUCCGGAACACUGAAGAGUGGCUGAACAGUCUAUUGAGCUGUAGGGCAGCUGUUCUAUCCCAGGAGUUCCUGCUUCCUGUCGCGGGACAUCAUGAGGAGUGUGACGCUGCUGCUUCUUCUGGCUCUGGGGGCUCAUCUGUGUGCUGCUGCACCCCUCAGCCUUGGGGGGAGAGGGGCAGACAGUGCUGGUUAUGCAGCUAAGGAAGCCCCUGAAGAAACCCUCUCACUGGAGAGCCAGCCAGCCGCUGCAGACGGACCACAACUGGCACCAGAAGAACCAGUUCCUGAAGAACCAGCUGCAGAAGAAACUGUUGUGGUUGCGGCAGCACCUGAAGAGCCGACUGUAGAGGAAGUUGCCCCAGAGGAGGCUGCUCCUGUGGAGGAUGCUGAGGAGGAGGUGGUGGUCAUCCCAGAGGAAACUGCCCCUGAGGAGGAAGAGGCUGCCCCUGAGGAGGAAGAAGCUGCCCCUGAGGAGGAGGAAGCUGCCCCCAAGGAAGAAGACGCUGCCCCUGAGGAAGAAACUGCCCCUGAGGAAGAAGACGCCCCUGAGGAGGAGGAAACUGCCCCUGAGGAGGAGGUGGUGGUCAUCCCAGUAGAAUCUGCCCCUGAGGAAGAAGAAGUUGCCCCUGAGGAAGAAGCUGCCCCUGAGGAGGAAGAAGCUGCCCCUGAGGAGGAGGAAACUGCCCCUGAGGAGGAGGUGGUGAUCAUCCCAGUAGAAUAUGCCCCUGAGGAGGAAACUGCCCCUGAGGAAGAAGAAGUUGCCCCUGAAGAGGAGGAAGCUGAUCCUGAGGAGGAAACUGCCCCUGAGGAGGAGGUGGUGGUCAUCCCAGUAGAAGCUGCCCCUGAAGAGGAAGAAGUUGCCCCUAAGGAGGAAGAAGCUGCCCCUGAGGAAGAAGGAGUUGCCCCUGAGGAAGAAGGAGUUGCCCCUGAGGAAGAAGAAGUUGCCCCUGAAGAGGAAGAAGCUGCCCCUGAGGAGGAAACUGCCCCUGAGGAGGAAACUGCCCCUGAGGAGGAGGUGGUGGUCAUCCCAGUAGAAGCUGCCCCUGAAGAGGAAGAAGUUGCCCCUGAGGAGGAAGAAGCUGCCCCUGAAGAGGAAGAAGUUGCCCCUGAGGAGAAGGAAACUGCCCCUGAGGAAGAAGAAGUUGCCCCUGAGGAGGAGGUGGUGGUCAUCCCAGUAGAAGCUGCCCCUGAGGAGGAGGAAGCUGCCCCUGAGGAGGAGGUGGUGGUCAUCCCAGUAGAAGCGGCCCCUGAGGAGGAAGAAGCUGCCCCUGAAGUUGCCCCAGUUGUUGCAUUAGAUACAGAGGAAGAAGAAGCUGCUCCGGAGGGAACUGUGGAAGAGGAAGUUGCCCCAGUUGUUCCAGCUGAAGAGGAAGCUUCAGAGGGUGUUGUUGCGGCAGAAGCAGAGGAGGAAGCAGCUGCUCUGGAGGAAACUCUAGAAGAAGAAACUGCCCCAGAGGAAACUCUAGAAGAAGAAACUGCCCCAGAGGAAACCGCUGAAGAGGAAACUGCCCCAGAGGAAACAGCUGAAGAGGAAGCUGGCUCAGAGGACGUCGUUGCAGUGGCUCCUCCAGAAACUGUGGAAGAGGAGGCUGUGUCCGAGGACGUUGCUGAAGAGGAACCUGCUGCAGAGGAAGAAGUGGCUCCUGUUCCAGUCGACGUAGUUGAUGAGGAACCAGCACCAGAAGAACCUGCCCCAGAAGAACCCGCCCCAGAAGAACCCGCCCCAGAAGAACAUGCCCCAGACGAACCUGCCCCAGAAGAACCUGCCCCUGAGGGAGAGUCAGAGGAGGGAGAGUCAGAGGAGGGAGGUGAAGGUGCUGUUCUAGUAGAUACCCAGGAAGAACCAGCCGCUGAAGAGGAGACUGUUGGAGAAGAAACUGCACCUGAGGUCGCUGUUGAAGAGGAAGCUAGCCCUGAAGAUGUUCUUCCGGACGAACCUGCCCCAGCAGAAACAGCUCCUGUCGAGGAACCUGUUCCUGUUCCAGACUGCGCAAAGUGUCCAGGGUGUCCAACGAUAGAAACAGUCAACGUGGAGGAGGAGGUGGUGGUGGUGGUGGUGGUUCCCAUGGCAACUGAGUCUCCUGAGGAAGAGCCGGGCUCCCCCACUCCUCUGGAACGGGAGGCACCUGAGGGGAAGGCAGGGGGAGUAAGCAGGGGUCUGCUAUUGGGCUCCGCCUUCAUGGGGCUGCUGUCACUCAUGGCCGUGGGAUCAGCAGGAAGGGCCAUCUCCAGGAAGCUGCGCUGAAGCCUGGUCUAGCCUGCUGUAUGGAUUCCCUGAUGAGCUGGAGACUGAAGGCCUGAUAACAGCUCUGGAGUGACCCUGUAGACUCACUCUCACACACACUCACACACACACACACACACACACACACAUACAC